CAUUCCCUCUCUUCCUGGUGUUUAUAAACAACACACGCUAUCACCCCCGAAGGAGAUGAAAGCAUAAGCAGAGUUAAAUGCAUGUUCUCCUCAUUGUUUUAUGCACUUGAGGCGACCGCGGCCUAGCUGUGGGUGUGAAGCCUCGGGCUUUCCUGAGUCGCUUUCACCGGCAAGCUGAGGGCAUGCUGUAAAGGUCAUUAUCCUGCCUUAUGUUGUCAGUGACAUACUGUGACAAAUCAACGUGUUGACAAAGGAUGGCUUUUGAGGAGAUCAAGAAUAAAGGAGGAAUGGAUGCUGGAAUGGAAGGAGACAGAGGCCUUGUAGCUGGUCGUAGCCAGAGAGAGAAAAGGAGGUCGUACAAGGAUCUGUUAAGGGAGGAGGAGGAGAUUGCUGCUCAGGUCCGAAAGUCUUCCAAGAAACGACCCAAGGACUCAGAACUGUUCAUGCUUGGAGGGGACUCGCACAAAAAGAAGAAGAAACAUAGUGAUGACUACUAUCACAGAGACCAUGACGGUUCAGGUCCACCUCCCCACAAGAAAAAGCACAAGUCUGCAGACCGCUCCCCUCUCUCGUCCCCCUCAUCCUCCCACCCAACAGACACAGCGAUGGGCCUCCUGCAGGCUAUCACCUCUCCACUGGCCACAGGUUCAGACCCCAGCCCCCACUUGCACAAGAAACCCUCCUACCCACCCUUCUCCUCGCACUCCUCCAAGGACCGCAAACGCGAGAGCAACAGUGGUGGAAGCAAAGGGAGCCAUUCCUUCUCUCACUCACGCCCCGUGUCUUCAUCGUCGUCUUCCUCAAAGAAGCACUCCUCUUCCUCAAAGUCGUCUCUAUUCCACGGUGGAGCUCCCAAAGAGGAACCCUUGACGUUACGUGAGGCUGACGGGCUGAAGAUGAAGCUCAUCAUGUCGCCAGAGAAGGAGGAAGGAGAGAGCUUCCCGUUCACGCCCCACUCAUCCAAAGGAGGUGGAAAGAAAGAGAAGGAUAGAGACAGGAUGCAGCACUCAAAGUCGCCCAAGAAGAAACUACAGCAGAGUCGAGAUCCACUGCCUGUAGUGGGGAAAGAGGUGGAGGUGGAAGGCCAUUAUGGAGGUGGCAUGGGAGAUGAUAGCUCUUCAUCUGGGGGUGAACUGGAGGCGGGUGAACUGGUUAUAGACGAUUCAUACACACACCUGACAAAAAAGAAGAAAAAGAGCAAAAAAAGCAAGAAGAAGAAAGACAAAGAAAAAGACAGAGACAAGGAUAAAAGUGGGAAGGACAAGAAGCACAGCAAAGGAUUUGGAGACUCUUCGCGGGUCCACAGCCACUCCCAUCCAACUGUCACUCACAGCGCCGUCGGUCCAAUGUAUGCCAUGGGCACGCCCGUCCCUCCACACCACCAUCAAGGCAAUGAUGGAGUGAUAGAGAAGAAGAAGAAGAAAGAGGAGAAAGAUCGGGAAAAGCAUGAGAAGGGAAAAAAGCCCAAGAAGAAGAACAUCAUAACAGCAUAUCAGGUGUUUUGUAAGGAGUACAGGGUCAACAUAAAUGCAGAACAGCCAGGACUAGUCUUUGGUGCGCUAAGCAAAAAGUUGGCCGAAGUUUGGAAGGCGAUGCCGGAGAAAGACAAAUUGAUUUGGAGGCAGAAAGCUCAGUAUCUGCAGCACAAACAGAACAAAGCUGAGGCCACCACAGUCAAACACAAGAGUGUCACUGAGGGCAAAAGCAAAGCUGUAGGAACGGGAACAGGGAUGGUGUCACCGAACAGAGCGCCGUGCACUAUGUCACUAUCCCCAGCACGAAUCCCAGAUGUUGAUCCCAUCGAUGCAGCAGCUCACCUGCAGCUAUUAGGAGAGUCCCUGUCCCUGAUUGGGCAUCGGCUACAGGAAACAGAGGGGAUGGUGGCCGUGUCCGGGAGUCUGUCUGUACUGCUGGACUCCAUCUUGUGUGCGCUGGGACCGCUGACCUGUCUCACAGCACAGAUACCACAGUUAAACGGAUGUCCUCGAAACGUCCUGUCGAAUACGUUGGACAACAUUGCCUACAUCAUGCCUGGGCUGUGAGUAAAGGAUGAUAAUCAAAGUGGAGUGAUUUGGCAUCAGAAGUCAACAGAUUUGACGGGAGUGGUCCUUUCACAGGAGUGACCCUUGGACUUUAAUUUAAGCCACUUGCUUGGCAUCCGAAAACUUGGCUAUUUCUAGCGUCAACAUGUUUUUAAAGUGUAUUUUUUUAAAAACCUUGCUCUCUUAAUUUUCUAAUUGUUAUAUUUUUAAAUGAAACAUUUUACUGAACACGGGGAUCUUUCUUGGCAUGUCAGCGUAGUUUUAAUGUUACUGUGCAGGGUGUUGUAUGAAUGAGCGUAUGUGUGCAUUUGUUUAGCUGUGAAUAGGGUCUGACUGUUGAGUGUUCUGUACAUGUCGACGUAUUUGAUUAUUUUUUACUGAACUGUACAGGAACAUGUAAGUCAUUUGGUCAUCAUCAACAUAAUAUAUUUGACAGGUGCUUAGUUUUUCUUUUACCAUGUAAAAAGUGCUGUCAUGCCUUGCUGUUUUAUACAUUUGAUAUUUUACUGUGCAUACAUACAGCAUUUAGAUUUUGACUGCUCUGUAGAAAAGUGAUAGAAAAACACCUUUAGGUGCCACCUUGUUUUAAUUGGGAGCAAACAAAUCAUUGUCGGACAUUUAAUGAAAUGGCAACAUUAAAACUGUUCCCAAAUUCAA